AUGGAUUCUCCUAUUCCAUUUUCUAACUCUCACGGCUUCGUCAAUCUUCUAACUAGCCAACAACAAGAAAACCCAAACCCAUUUACUUACCCGCACGUAAUAGACCUUGGAUCAUCAGAAACCUUCCCUAAGUUUAGUAGUCAAGGGUCUGAUGAUCCAACCACACCUGGUGAAUCGAGUAAGCAGCCGAGGCGACAGUGGACACCUAAGGAGGACUUGGUGUUAAUCAGUUCGUGGUUAAAUACUUCCAAGGACCCGGUGCUUAGUGGAGAGAAUGCUAGAUCGGCGAGUCAGUGCAAGCAAAGAUGGGGUCGUCUGAACGAUCAAGUCUGCAAGUAUGUGGGCUGUUUCGAGGCUGCAAAGACACAGCAAACUAGCGGCCAAAACGAGAACGACCUGAUGAAGGCAGCUGGAGAGAUUUUCUACAACGACUAUGGCGUUAAAUUCACUCUUGACCACGCAUGGAGAGAGCUCAGACACGACCAGAAGUGGUGUGCGACGACAGCUAACAAAGAAGGAGACAAGGGCAAACGCAGAAAGCUGGAGGCCUCUACAUGUCAGUCAUCCAGCUUUAAUGAUGACGGUGCCAACUACGAUGUUUCCCAGCCACGUCCGAUUGGUGUUAAGGCUGCGAAGAAAGCAGCUGCGUCAAAGAAUAAAGGAGUCCACAAUAUGACAGAGCAGGCGGCUGAGUGUGUGCAGAGUGUGUGGAAAAUAAAACAAAAAGAUUUGGAGAUGAGAGACAAGCUAACCAACAAGAAACUGCUCGACAAGUUACUUGCUAGAAGCGAAUCACUCUCUGACAGAGAAGUGGCCCUGAAAAACCAACUGAUUAAUGAAUUGUUACAAUAA